UCUAACCAUUGACCUCAGUUGACCUCAGAUUUUUUUUUUAUGGACGUGUCUUCUUCUCUUUCGAUUUUCUCAAAAUUCAUAGUCGCAGGCGAGGUUUUCAUCCAUUUUUUGGGGGAUGACAUCCAUAGAAAUUUCGUUUCACAUCUGAGUUCUUCCCUUUUACAGGCUGGAGUAAAACCUUCCCUAAUUGCUGUGGAAAUGCUGUCGGAAAAGUUUAUGCCAUCAAUUACAAGGUUUCAGAUUGGAAUAGUUGUUUUCACCAAAGCAUACAUUGAAUCUUCUCGGUGUGUUGAAGACCUUCUGAGAAUCAUUGAAUGUCACGAAAAUCACGGCCUAAUAGUUAUGCCCGUGUUUUACGAUAUUGACCCAUCCGAUCUACUUGAUCUCAAAAUGGAUUCAUCAUCCUAUGUACUUUAUCCGAUGAAGGGUGAACUCAAAAAGAAUUCAUCGCCAGAACAGAGAAGUGCGAAGAGAAAAGUAAAAACGACCGUAAAGUGGACUCAGAUGAAGGGCGAAAGAUUAAACUAUCCAAUCAUACUAUACACUUCUGCGGGGAGUCGCGCUCUCAACAGGGUUGCAAAUUUGCCUACUUGGGAUGAGAGCAAACACAGGAAUGAUGCUGAACUAGUGGAGGAAAUUGUUAAGUCUGUUCUCUCUAAAUUAGAAUGCGCCUUGCCUGUAACUAAAUUUCCUGUUGAAUUAGAAACCCAGGCGAAAAAUGUGAUUGGAUUGUUUGAAAAUCAACCCAAGGAUUUUUGUACGAUAGGGAUAUGGGGAAUGGGAGGAUCGGGUAAAACUACUUUAGCGAAAGCCAUCUACAAUAAAAUUCCUUUUACAUUUGGUGAUAAAAGUUUCAUUCAAGAUAUUAGAAAAGUUUGUCAAACAGAUGGCAGAAGAGGCCUUGUUCAAUUACAAGAGCAACUUCUUUCAGAUGUCCUUAAAUAUGUGAAAAUAGAGAAGGGUGAGAUGGAAAAAACUACGAUCGAGAACAGUCUUUCAGGAAGAAAGUUGUUCAUUGUGCUUGACGAUGUGAAUGAGAUAGACCAAUUAAAAAACCUAUGUGGAAACGGUAAAUGGUUUCGUGCGGGAAGUGUAAUAAUCAUUACGACUAGACAAUUAGACCUGCUUUAUCAACAAAAAGUUGAUUAUGUUUAUGAGAUGGAUGAACUGGACGAAAAUGACUCGGUUGAACUUUUUAGUUGGCAUGCUUUUAGAAAAGCAACACCAAGAACAGAAUUAAAUAAUCUUGCAAGAUCAGCCGUUGCUUAUUGUGGUGGACUACCACUCGCUCUUGAAGUCCUUGGUUCUUAUUUAAGUAAGAGGUCAGAGAAUGAAUGGAGAAGUGUAUUGUCAAAACUAGAAAUAAUUCCCAAUACUCAAAUUCAGAACAUCUUAAGAAUAAGCUUUGACGGCUUAUGUAGUGAAAUGGAAAAGGAUAUAUUUCUUGAUGUAUGCUGUUUCUUUAUUGGUAAAGAGAGAGACUAUGUCACGGAGAUACUAAAUGGCUGUGGACUACGUGCUGAUAUUGGAAUAAAAGUUCUUAUAGAACGUGGUCUUGUAAAAAUUGAAAAGAACAAUAAACUUGGAAUGCAUCAUUUGCUUCGGGACAUGGGACGAGAGAUCGUGCGUCAAACUUCAACAAUGCAACCUGGGAAACGCAGUAGAUUGUGGUUUCUCAAGGAUGUACGUCACGUAUUGACCAAGAAUACUGGGACAGAAGCUAUUCUGGGAUUGUCUUUGAACACUGACUGGAGAUUAUAGGUGUCUUUCUAAGCAACUGAGAUGUAUCUCCUGGAAAGGAUUUUCUUUAGAGCACAUACCUAACGACUUUUACUUGGAAGGUGCAAUUGUGAUUGAUUUCCAACACAGUAAUCUCAGACUAGUGUGGAAAGAACCCACGGUUUUGCCGUUCCUAAAAAUCCUCAAUCUUAGUCAUUCAAAGUAUUUGACAGAAACCCCUGACUUUUCAAAAUUACCAAGUCUUGAAAAGCUCAUUCUCAAGCAUUGUGUAAAUUUGGGCAAGGUACACCAAUCGAUUGGAGAUUUACACAAUCUUCUACUAAUAAAUUUGAAAGGCUGUACAAACCUAAGCAAUCUCCCAAGUGAGACAUAUAAGUUGAAAUCUUUGAAAAGUCUUAUUCUGUCUGGCUGUCUGAAGAUUGACAUCUUUAAAGAAGAUAUAUUGGACAUGAAAUCCUUGAAAAUUCUAAUUUCUGAAAAUACUGCUGUGAAACAAGUUCCCAUUUCAGUUGUAAGCUCAAAAAGCAUUGGAUAUAUACACGUAGACGAAGAAAAGGGAUUAUCACUUACUAUUCUUCAUUCUAUCAUUUUGUGCUGGAUGUCCCAUACUUGUAAUCCCCUGUAUUGUAUUCGUCCCUUUCGUGGCAUUUCAUCAUCUAUAGUUUCCAUGAAUGUGAAGCAUAAUGAUUUGGUAGAUCUAGCACCAAUCCUUAGAAGCAUUUUAAAUCUGCGUACUAUUUUAGUACAACACUAUGUCACGGAGUAUCCAAUACCUCAUCCACUAAUAGCAUUUUUGGAAGAAGUUCAACAAGUUCGUCGUGUAAAUUGGACUACAUCUACACAACUUUCCAACCAUCCAUUCAGUCCAUAUUUGAUUCAAUUUGGAGGUUAU